GAGCGUGCUGCUCAUAGUGGCCGGCCUGACCCGGCACUUCGAGGCCACGUGGCCUGGGCUGGAGCGGUCGCUGCUGGUGCCGAACGAGGAGGCCGGCUACGAGUUCAGGAUCGUUUUCAGCACCGACACGAGCCUAGGGUGCCACAGCGACUCGCCGAGGUGGGGGUCCCGCAAGUGCGAGGAACCGACCGACCGGGCGUCACAGCUGCGGGCCAUCAAGGAGGUCAUCGCCCCCCGCCAGGUGGAGGUCGUCGACCCCGGUCCGCUCUGCGGCGCCUUGGGCACCCAGCUGCCGCCCGCACCCGGCGGCGCGCCGCUUGGCGAGGCGUCGGAAGCGCCUUACGAGGUGGGCCUCGAGUGGGCCCCCGCCGGCGCCGCCGCGCUGCUGCGCACGGGCUCGGGCUGCGCCCCGUGGUGGGAGCGCGUGCACCGCGUGGUCGCGGGCGUCGUGCAGGGCGGCGGGAGCUUCGACAGGGUGGUGGCCGUGCGGCCCGACGUGGUGCUGCAGCGGUCGCCCGGCGAGGGCGCGGAGGGCGCGGAGGCGGGGGGCCCCCCGGAGCUGCUGCUUGACCGGAUGUGCGA